GGGGCGGGACUUCCGGCCGGCGGCCGCGGGGGAAGAUGGCGGCCGCCUUCCGCCGGACCAUCGCCCGGCAGCUUUCCCAAGUUUUGGAUCUUCCGCCAGAAAAUUUGAUAAAAUCAAUAUCUGCAAUUCCUAUCUCCAGGAAACAAGAGGUUGCUGACUUCCAACUUUCUUUACGAUCUGUGUUGGAAAACAGCUCCAGGGAUAACUCAACAUCAGAUAUUCAAGAACAAGCCCAGAGCCUAGCGAAAAAGCUAAAAUGUGAUACAGUGGUGAGUGAAAUCAGCACCGGACCAGGAACGGUAAAUUUCAAAAUAAACAGAGAACUGUUAACCAAGACAGUGCUGCAGCAAGUGUUUGAAGAUGACUCAAAAUACGGAUUAAAAAGUGAACUGUUCUUAGAGCUCCCCCCCAAGAAGGUAGUGGUUGAAUUCAGUUCACCUAAUGUUGCCAAAAAAUUUCAUGCUGGACACUUGCGCUCCACAAUCAUAGGGAAUUUUAUAGCAAAUCUGAAUGAAGCACUAGGACAUCGAGUAACAAGAAUAAACUACCUCGGCGACUGGGGCAUGCAAUUUGGUCUCUUGGGAACUGGUUUCCAGCUGUUCGGCUAUGAAGAAAAGCUCCAGUCCAAUCCCUUACAGCACCUCUAUGAUGUUUACGUUCAAGUUAAUAAAGAAGCGGCAGAUGACAAAAACGUGGAGAAGUCAGCACACGAGUUCUUUAGACGCUUGGAAACGGGUGAUCAGGAAGCGCUUUCACUGUGGAAAAAAUUUCGGGACCUAAGCAUCACAGACUACGUUCGGGUUUACAAGCGUCUAGGAGUGCAUUUUGACGACUAUUCAGGAGAAUCGUUUUAUCAUGAGAAAUCUCAGGAAGUCUUAAAGCUCUUAGACAGUAAAGGACUCCUUCAGAAAACAAUGCAAGGAGCAGCAGUGGUGGAUCUCUCUGAAAAAGGAGACUCCUCCCUAAUUUGUGCUGUCAUGCGAAACGAUGGGACUUCCCUUUAUGCCACCAGAGAUCUUGCUGCUGCUAUUGAUCGAAUGGACAAAUACCAUUUUGAUUCAAUGAUUUAUGUGACUGAUAAAAGCCAAAGGCGACAUUUUCAGCAAGUGUUCCAAAUUCUGAGGCUCAUGGGAUAUGAAUGGGCAGAAAGGUGUCAGCAUGUUCCAUUUGGAAUAGUGCAAGGGAUGAAGACUCGGAGAGGAGAUGUUACUUUUUUGGAAGAUGUUUUAAAUGAGGCUUGCUUGAGGAUGCUGGAUAACAUGGCUUCUAGUAAAACUACCAAAGGUCUGGAAAACCCCCAGGAGACUGCAGAGAGAGUUGGGCUAGCGGCGCUGAUUGUUCACGACCUCAGGGGUUUGCUCCUGUCCGAUUAUCAGUUCAGCUGGGAUCGGGUUCUCCAGACCCGAGGCGACACCGGUGUCUUUCUGCAGUAUACACAUGCCCGACUGCACAGUUUAGAGGAGACAUUUGGAUGUGCUGGGCUGAAUGGCUUCAAUGCAUCAUGCUUACAAGAACCGCAGUCUGUUUCGAUCCUCCAGCACCUUCUCAGGUAUGAUGAGGUGCUGUACAAAUCUUCGCAGGAUCUCCAGCCCAGGCACAUUGUCAACUACCUUCUCAUACUGAGUCAUCUGGCAGCUGUGGCUCAUAAAACAUUGUCCAUCAGAAACAGUCCCACUGAAGUAGCAGAGAGCUCACCACGUGCUCCGGCAGAAGCGUCCUUCCCUUGCUCAUUCAGUUGAUGCGUCAGUGUUUUAAUUCCAAGCAGUAGCUGGCCUUCAGGAGGGCAAACACCAAACCUGACCUCGGCCUCCUGCACCACUGAAAUGGCAUCGCCAGUCGCCUCGGAUCAGCGAUGGCACGGUAGAUCUUUGAGACUAUGAUUUCUUUUUAUCUCAACCCUGAGUUAAAGCAGCCAAGGCAUCCCUGUCGUAGAAGAAAAACUCUGAGAUUAUGGGCAGGGAAUGUGUAUGCUAAUUCUAUUGUUAAAGCACUUAAUACAGUACUCUGUACAUAGUAAGUGCUCAAAUAAAUACCACUGAUUGAUGGGUGGAACUGUCCAUCAGCAGCUAGACAGGAGGGUGGCCUUCCCCAGUUAUUUUAUCAUGAGGAAAUGGCGGGGGCAGGGGGUGUAUUUGGAGUCACAGGAAUAAAACUUCACAUUAAAGAGGAAUUGGAAAUGUCUUUGUAUCCAGUCCCCUGUUCUGUUUUUCAGGCUUUAGGCUAGAAAGUUCCUUCUGUAAAAUUGCUUCUAAAUUUUCAUUAACAUGUUGAAAACCUUGCAGCCCAGAGGGUGAUACAUAGGCCAAGCUUAUUAAGCGCUAGGGACCUCCUUUCCCCUGCUGGCUAGGGAAGUUUCAUGAAUCUGAACAUUGUUAGUUGAAUAUCAAUCACCUCAUUAGCUAAUGACGCUGGAACACCUGACUAGGAAAGAAAAUGAUUAUUGUAGCAGAGGGUACAAUAUAAAAAACUUGUGGUAAUGUUGAAUCAACCCUGUGGCUUAAAUAAUUCAGAAAGUGCUUUAAAGCUGGCUACGGGCUAGUGCAAACACCAUUAAAACAACUAGCAGGGGCAGUGGUGCAGAAAGCCUGCCAGAGGGAUGAAUUUUUCAUUAGCGAGAUUACAAAGAGAGAGAUCCGAAGAAAGCUACUCCAAGAAAGCAGAUUUUUACCCAAAAAACUCAAUUUGGGGUUGCAGUUUUGAAAGCCAAGCCUAGAAAAUUAGAUUCUACCUUGAGAAAAUAAGGGUUAAGAAUUCAAACUCUGGCAGAAAAAUGAAUUUCUGUUUUAACCCACACAGUGUUCUGGUUUUGGUGACCUGCCACCUUUAAAUCACCCUUCCCAUUCUACACAGCCCCCUGCCUGAAGAGUGGGUGAGGUUGAAUCCAAGACUGCUGUAGCAAAUUUUAAUUGAAAUUCAAUGCAAAUGGCACUUUCCCAGUGGUUCCCUCUUUUAUCAACUAUUAAGAAUAACAGGCAGAGUGUGAGCGAGAACCACUGAUGCCCUUGUGGGAAGUUCAGAAAGGGAAAGGACCUCAGUUGAAAUACUCUUGAAGAGAACAGCAAUGUAAACGUACUUAUCUGUAAUCCAAACAGCAUGACUGAGGCAAUGGUGGAAAGGAGGAUGGCUGCUGCAGCAGAAAACCCUUUCAUGAUGUUGUCUGUGUAUUUUACAACCACGGAUGUAUACAGCCCUCCAACACUGGCAAGAACUUAGAGGGAAGCAAGCAAACAAACAGAAAAGGGCAACAUUUCAAUCCACCGAGUAAAUGCUCUUAAGAAAUGCUCCAGGAGUAUGAGGGCUGCACCAAAUCACUUUGCAAAACAGAUCAAUCUGUCUAAAAGCUGCAUGUAGCCCCAGAACAUCUGCAUGAUCAUUUACUGUUUAUGCUAAUAAUAAAUCUUCACAUACUCGGAGA